AUGUUUAUAUUGCAAAGAGUGUCCAUAGAUGAACUCUCACAGAAAAUAACCGAAGAAACAGAGAAACAAGAAGUAAGAAAAGAAAAUGUUCUUAAAUGGGGAGAUACAAUAGAUAUGGCCACUGCCCUUGCCCCAUCCAUUGGUACAAGAAUUGGAUAG